GCAGUUGGUCAUAUACCGUUUCUAUGUGCGGGUACAUGCAGUCGGUUCAAGUUCAGCGUACGUCAGUCGGUCUCAGUAAAGCAGCAAUCAAAGAAAACAUUUGCCAGGCUUCUUUAAUCGUUUGGAUGUAAAAUCGUUCACUCACCGUUGCAGUGUGUGGCAACCAAAUUACCGUCAAUAAGAUAAUCGUUCCGAUUGUAGUAAAUAAAUUUGACCUUCGUUGGGAUCCGAUGGGUCAGUAGUGCUGGUGGGUUCCAGUGUAGGAGAUGUCAAAAUUUGUGAUAAUACUAGCCGUGGUAGUGACCUGCCUAUCGCAGCAACUGGCAGGAAUCGACGGAGCAGGACUCCGCAACGGUCCACUAAGCCUGUACGAGCAGCAUCUGUUCAAGCGUCAAGCCAAGGAUAGCAACGACGAAAAUGCCGGACUUUACGACCAGAAUGACUCCGUUAUUUCGCUUAAUGCAGGUAACCUGAAGGAAAAGGUAUUCGGACAGCCCCAUGCCUCGCUGGUGGAGUUUUACAAUUCGUACUGCGGUUUCUGUCGCCGGUAUGCACCCAUAUGGAAACAGCUGGCUAGCGAUAUUCUCGGCUGGCAGAAGCUGGUCAAGGUUACGGCGCUGGAUUGCUCCCGGGACGAGAAUAAUGCCAUAUGUCGAGAGUUCGAAGUGAUGGCCUAUCCAACGAUCCGGUUCUUCGCACCUUAUUACGAGGACGGAGCUCAGAAGAUCGGCGAACCGGUGACAGCUCACGCGGAAGCCGAAGUCAUCAACGCACUGAUCGAGCACAUGCAAAACGUAACACAAAAACCAGCAGGCUGGCCCGAUUUCACCCCCCUGGAAAGUGAUGCGCCAAGGGAACAACUAUUCAAUCCAACCGAGGCCAGACCGGAUCCUCCCAAGUACGCCUACCUAAUCAACGAGAAUGAAAUCAACGGGACAACGGUGGGCAGUCAGGUGAUGCUAGAUCUUCUGGAUGCCCCGCUAGCCGUGGUAAAACGUACCAAAGAAACGUCCGAACCCAGUGGACUGAAGGUUAUUGUAGGCGAUAGUAUGAGCGAGAUAAAACUACCGGUGGACGAGUUUAGUAGGGCGAAGGUUACGUCAGCAAUUCGUAAGCAUCUUAGUGAGCAUCACAUCCGCGUGACGGAAGUGGCGACCAAACCAAACAACAAAGAUUCCACCACCGAGGAGAAUAUUUCUGAUAUUAUGGAGAAAAAACAGGAGGAAGCAUUGCGAGUCAAAAUGAAGGAACUGGGACCGGCAAUUGUUUACCAAGCGGAUCUGGAGGAAGCUAUAAAAUUUGCCUUGUUUCACGAAGUGACUCGAUUUAAGAAGAUCGAUGGGGAACGAUUACUUGCUUUGCAGAGGUUUAUGAAUGUUCUUGUACGGUACUUUCCAUUCAAUGAGAAUGGGAUGAAGUUUUUGAAGGAAGUCCGACAGUAUGUGUUGAACGCAGAGAGUGAAAUUGGGGCCGAAGACUAUUCCAACCAGAUCAAGAAACUUGAACAGAAUCGUAGCCCAGUUUUUGCUUCGAAUCGGUGGAUGGGUUGCUCUAGCACGAAAGAUGGACUACGGCGAUAUCCUUGUGGUUUGUGGACUCUCUUCCAUUAUAUGACUGUUCAAGCGGCCGAAUCGGAAAUAUCCACGGACCCGUUGGAAAUACUACAAGCAAUGCACGGGUACAUAAAGUAUUUCUUUGGAUGUUCCGAUUGUUCUACACACUUCCAACAGAUGGCAGCCCGCAAUAAGAUUUGGAAUGUGACCAGCAAAGACGAUGCUAUUCUGUGGCUUUGGUCCAGCCACAAUGAAGUCAACCGACGACUAUCGGGAGACGCAACCGAAGACCGGGAUCAUCCAAAAAUCCAAUACCCUUCCAUAGAGAUGUGUCCCGAAUGUCGGAAACAGAAGCUCACCAACCACCACAACCAUCGACAGUACACCUUGGAUGACGCAAAUGAAUGGAACUUACUGGAAGUUUCGACGUUCUUGAAGCGGGUAUACUCAUACAAUAACCGAAACCAGCUGGGAUUAUGGGAUGCCAAUCUGCUUCCCCAACCGCUCGCACGUACCGGUGGCGGAGGAGCCGAUAGUUAUCACUCUAACCGAAGCUUCGGAAAUGUCCUGAAUGAAAUGGACAUCCGAAUGGGUGCACUGUUGUAUGUCGCUUGCAUCGUAAUGCUGUUGAUCGCCGUAAAGAUGGUGGUCAAAAGAGGAUACCGGAAAAAGAUGUACGCCCACGAUAUACUGGGAAAAGUGUAAACAGAGUCGGACCUUCCACCGGUUAGCUAAAAGUCUGUUUUCUUCCUGAAGCUGUAUAUUCAUCUAUCUUAGUACGUAAGCAUCAAGGUGAGACAAAGAAAAGUUUCCCUUUUAUCAGGAAAAUCGUAAAUUGUUAGCCUGAGGAGGAACUACUCUUUUCCCAUGUGUCUAGUGACAAUUUCUUUCAGUCUAUUUAGCUAAGAGAAGUUCUAAACGCUGGAACGACAUGAGCAUUUUUGUGAUCUAAUAAAAACAAAUAAAAUUGAUUUAUUGAAACGCCAACAUUCCAACAGUAGCGGAAGACA